CCGCAUCCCAUCCCAACUUGAACAUUCAUACAUCAAUUGGGAGCGACAAUGCGAAUACCAGUGUCCUUAACAUCGUGCUGUCGACUCAAUGGAGGAGCGAGGAUAAGAGCAUCGAGACAGGCUCAAUCUACAUGGCUGCGACCUCUUUUAUCGACUCCGGUUCGAUUUUCUUCAGGUAAGAAGCUUCCGAUCACAUGAUCGCCCUGUUCACUUCAUUAUCCAUCUACAUGGCCUAAAGAGGGUCAUGUUCUCCUGAGUGGAGGAUUAUAUCAAACUCACCUUGAGCUCCUCGGAAUGAAUGGAAUUGGGUAACAUACUUCUGUUCUUGCAUGCCCUGAGUUUCCAAUGUCUCCUGUAUAAGUUUAUCUGUUCACACUUUCGUUAAAUCCAGGAAUAAUUCUAAAGAGAUGAUAGGAGCAUCGUCGACAAAUGAAAUUAAGAUAGAAGGAAAGACCUAUAAGACAGACGAAUGGAUGAACACACCUUCAACAAUACUGGCCGCCAUAUCUCGUCGCUUGCACCUUCAACCCGACCAUCCUAUAGCCCUGACACGCAAACUCAUCGAGUCACGCUUUCCAGAGUUCAAGACACACAAUGAACUUUUCCCCGUCGUUUCAGUCAAACAGAACUUCGACUCAUUAGGGUUUCCUGCAGACCACGUUGGUCGCAGCCGGACCGACACAUACUAUCUAAACAAGGAGACUGUCCUCCGGACGCACACAUCAGCUCACCAAGCGGAUACGUUUCGCGCCAAAGAAAGUGCCGGCUAUCUAAUAAGUGCAGACGUGUACCGAAGGGAUGCAAUAGACCGCAGCCACUACCCCGUCUUCCAUCAGAUGGAGGGCGCGCGCACAUGGGACCAAGAUGCAGGUGCAGAAGCGGGGAAGCCGCUCGAACAAGUAAUUUGGGACGAUGUAGCCAAGAUCCCUAAACACGACAUCGACGUUGAAGACCCCAACCCCGUCCACCACCCCGAACGCAACCCUCUGCAACCAGGGCAUUCACCUGCCGAAGUGGAGGCAAUGGCCGCCCAUCUCAAACGCUCGCUCGAAGACGUAGUGGUGGCCAUCUUCGACGCUGCACGCAAGGCUACUGAUCCCUCCUCCUCGACACCCCCUGAGCCUUUGAAGAUGCGAUGGGUGGAGGCCUACUUCCCCUUUACGUCGCCAUCCUGGGAGCUCGAGGUAUUCUGGCAAGGCGACUGGCUGGAAGUCCUAGGCUGCGGCAUCGUCCAGCAGUCCAUCCUCACCAACGCAGACGUAACUACCCGAAAGGGGUGGGCCUUUGGCAUCGGCCUCGAGCGCAUCGCCAUGCUGCUCUACUCCAUCCCCGACAUUCGCCUAUUCUGGUCGACCGACUCGCGCUUCCUCUCCCAAUUCAGCUCGACGACGCCCAUGCAACGCUUCGUCCCCUUCUCCAAGUACCCUGCCUGCAUCAAGGACGUCAGUUUCUGGCUACGUAGUUCGUCCAGCGCCGCCGGUGGCAACUCGUCUCCCCUAUCUCCCACUGGUGGGUUCCACGAGAACGAUGUGAUGGAGAUCGCCAGAGAGAUCUGCGGCGACGUUGUCGAGGACGUCAGGCUGGUGGAUGAAUUCACGCAUCCCAAGACGGGUAGGAAGAGUCUCUGCUAUCGAACCAAUUACCGGAGUCUGGAGAGGACCUUGACGAACGAGGAGACCAACGAGUUGCAUGAGAAGUUCCGCCAGCAAUUGGUCUCGAAGUUAGGCGUCGAGUUGCGGUAAAGGGCAUGUUACCGUUUGGGUAAUGCAAGCCGCCGCAAAGGGAAAAAGAGGGAUGGAAAGGGAAGGAACAUAGUGGACGGAUGUGCCCGCGAGACAACCCGGAUGUGUUUGUCUUCUGCAGAGUGAGGGGAAAAACGAUAUGGGUGUCAAACCAUCAUCCUUCACCUUCAAGCUAUUGAAUCUGGUCGCCUUGUCCGAGUUUGUAUCAUAGGUGUACACAUGUAAGAUUAUAGACGGCUAAAAAUAC